UCUCUACGUUUAUCCAGCGACCGCUGCUAUGCAUCAGACGAACAGUUCCGCUAGAAAGGCGUGCGAAUGCAGUCAUAGAUGGUGGCGUUUUUGCUACUAUUCAUGUUGCAUCAAAACUGUCUCCCUCUAGCUCAAAAUGGGUUAGGAGGACGGUGUCUGGACUAGGCAAUUCACUUUCAACACUUCGAGGAUGGGGAACUGGAAUUUCUGUUUUCGCAAAAAACAUACUGACAAAGACGGAGAUAGAGAAUAGAGAUCGAGUUUGAUUUUCUCUACUGUUCUUUCUUAGAGUUUUUAUUUCCUUGCUUUCUGUUUUUGAGAAAUGAUUGCAGAAUUGGUUUGCAGCGCCGUGGCUUUGGUCCUCUACAUCAACACCUUGGGUGCCGAUUUCUGCUACGAUGACAGCCGCGCAAUCAAAACCAACCAGGACCUUCUCCCAGACACCCCGUGGAUCAACAUCUUCUAUGACGACUUCUGGGGCACCCUGCUCACCCACAGCGGCAGCCACAAGUCCUACCGCCCGCUCUGCACCCUCUCCUUCCGCCUCAACCAUGCCCUUGGGGGGCUGGAGCCCUGGGGAUACCACCUGGUCAACGUGGGUCUGCACGGGGCCGUGACGGCGCUCUUCACCCGGCUCGCCUGCCUGCUCCUGGGGGAGGGUCUCUGGAGCCUGCUGGCCGGGCUACUGUUCGCCUCCCACCCCAUCCACACGGAGGCCGUGGCCGGGAUCGUGGGGCGGGCAGACAUUGGAGCCGCCCUCUUCUUCCUGCUGUCCCUGUUGUGCUACGUGCGUCACUGCUGCCGGCGAAGCGGGAGCCACGUUGGGGGCAGCGUGGAGGGGCUGUCCUCGGGCUGCCCGGGGGGGGUCUGGCUCCUGGGCUGCCUGGGCUGUGCCGCCUGCAGCAUGCUGUGGAAGGAGCAGGGGGUGACGGUGCUGGCGGUGGCCGCCCUCUACGACGUCUGCGUCUUCCACCGGCUCAAGCUGCGGCAGGUCGUCACGCUCCUCUACUGCAAGAGGAGAAACGUCCACCUGCUGCUGAGUGUGCUGCUGUUGGCCGUCUGCGGAGCCGUCCUGCUGGCCUGCAGGCUGUACUGGAUGGGCAACAAACCCCCGAACUUCUCCAACUCGGACAACCCUGCGGCUGACUCCCCCUCCCUGCUCACGCGGGCGCUCACCUUUUUCUAUCUGCCCGCAGUCAAUCUCUGGCUCCUCCUCUGCCCCGACACCCUGAGCUUUGAUUGGUCCAUGGACGCUGUGCCUCUGAUCAGGGGCUUUGGCGAUUGGAGGAACCUUCACAGCGUGGCCUUCUAUGUGUGCUUGGUCCUCCUGGCCUGGAUGGGUCUGCGCACUCGCCAGGCCAAGGGCAAGGAGACCAACGGCAAAGCUCACUGCGUGACUAACGGCAAGUCGGCCACGAACGGACACAGCUACCACCCCCCUGAGCAGGAACACACAAACUCUCACGCGGAACCUCACGCCUGCACACAGAACGGUACCAAAAAGCACCCCGCGCCGCCCAGGACUCCCCUCCCCACCACGGAGAACGUGGUGGUGUUCUCCCUGGGCCUGCUGGCCAUCCCCUUCCUCCCUGCCACCAACCUGUUCUUCUACGUGGGCUUCGUGGUGGCCGAGAGGGUGCUGUACAUCCCCAGCAUGGGCUUCUGCCUGCUGGUGUCGGUGGGGCUGCGGGCGUUGUGUGUGCGCGUGAGGAGGAGGUCGGCGAGGACCCUGCUGCUGUACUGCAGCGCUGCUCUGGUGCUGCUGCUGAGCCUCAAGACUGUCCUGAGGAACCAGGACUGGAAGAACGAGGAGAUGCUGUACAAGUCAGGGAUUUACGUGAACCCGGCGAAAGCAUGGGGUAACCUUGGAAAUGUCCUGAAGAACCAGGGCAAGAUGGAGGAGGCCGAGCAGGCCUACAGGAACGCCCUGUACUACCGCAGGAACAUGGCCGACAUGCUGUAUAACCUCGGUUUGCUGCUUCAAGAGAACAACAAGUUCUCUGAGGCGCUGCACUACUAUAAGCUGGCCAUUGGAAGCCGUCCAACUCUGGCUUCGGCCUACCUAAACACAGGCAUCAUCCAGAUGAACCAGGGCCAUCUAGACGAGGCUAGGAGAACCUUCCUGACCUGCGCCGACAUCCCCGACGAGAACCUGAAGGAUCCGCAUGCCCACAAGAGCUCUGUCACCAGCUGCCUGUACAACCUGGGCAAGCUGCUGCACGAGCAGGGCCACCAGGAGGAAGCCCUUUCGGUGUAUAAAGAAGCAAUACAGAAAAUGCCAAGACAGUUUGCACCUCAAAGCCUCUACAACAUGAUGGGAGAGGCCUACAUGAGGCUGAACAAGUUGUCUGAAGCAGAACACUGGUACAGGGAGUCUCUGAGAUCCAAACCAGACCACAUUCCAGCUCACCUCACCUACGGCAAGCUACUAGCCGUCACGGGCCAGAAGACUGAAGCAGAGAGGUACUUUCUGAAGGCAAUCCAACUGGACCCCAUGAAAGGCAAUUGCUACAUGCAUUAUGGUCAGUUUUUACUGGAAGAGUCUCGUCUGCUGGAAGCGGCGGAGAUGGCACAGAAGGCAGCCCGCCUGGAUAGCGGGGAGUUUGACGUUGUCUUCAGCGCAGCGCACAUGCUGAGACAGGCCAGUCUGAACGAGGCAGCUGAGAAGUAUUACGGACGAGCUGCGAGCCUGAGACCCAACUAUCCUGCAGCCUUGAUGAACCUGGGAGCGAUCCUCCACCUCAACGGUAAACUACAGGAGGCAGAGGCCAACUACCUCCGAGCCCUGCAGCUGAAGCCGGACGACACCAUCACCCAGUCCAACCUGCGCAAGUUAUGGAACAUCAUGGAGAAACAGGGCUUGGGGACCAUGGGGCCAUGAGGCGGCUGUGAACUCAGCCAGCCCACCAUCUGUGCACCAAGCCUGGGGAAGGACACAGCCCCAUACCCCUACUCAUCACUGAGGAGAGAUGGAGGGAGGAAAUAAGGAGAGAGGGACAGCAUAGGCUAUGACUGGCAUACUCACACGCCCCAGCUCUCCCCAGGCCAGAAGGGACUCUCUGAGGGGCUGGUCCUUGUGAAGCACGCAACUCUUGGAUGCCUUUCUAGAAACCCCCUUCACAGGACCUGUGAUUCUUUAUUGGAACACUUAACUUGAAGAGGGCCAUAGAUACAUACUUGAAAUCUAGUUCUUUUAUAAUUGUUUCGUCAUUUUUAUGAAUAAAUAGGUCUUUUAGGGCCAAAUCUGUCCAGGGGCAGUGCAAGUUUCAAAGCUGAAGAAACAAUGAAAGCCCAGAGCGUUCAGAAUCGGAAGGAAGAUACAUUAGUACAUUAGAUAUUAUUCCACUUCUACUACCACUUAAUGAAGUAUUGGUCAAAACUUCUGUGCACAUAAGUGGAAGUUAAGGCAAAUAAUGGGAAGAAACAGGUUUAGUAGCAAUGUUUUGUUUUGACCAUGAAGUCAAAAUUUGAUUUCAAGGCAAUAUUUCUGGAAACUGAAAUUAAUCCGGUGAUAUUGCCAAAGGGAAAUUGUUUCACAAACUUCCUAUGUGAAACAAAUCCCCUAACUUCCAUAUCUGUAAAUUUAAUAGCAGAUUAGGUAGCAUGUUGUUGAAAAGUGAUUACAGAUAAAAGGGAAAAAGACUCUGAUUUUGGAUACCUUUUUAACAAAUAAUAAUAAUAAUCCCAUUCAUUUGAUGAAUACAUUCCUACAAAACAAGCUCAUUUGAAGGAAAGUUAAAAAAUAAAUAAAUCCAUUAAUGUACAUGUGGUGUUUAUUUAAGUAAACAUUUUUCAGUUUCAGUUAUUCUCUGUUAUGCCUUACUAUUCGAAGGUGCACAACUAAACAACAUUACACUUCUAAAUGUAGCAGAGAUAUGAGAUCAUACUUUACCAUGACUCCAUUGAGCUUUGAAACAGACUGGUACAGUAUGAUAACUUGCUACUUUGUGUGCAACUAGUGUGUCCUUGGGUACUAAAUCCGCUCUUAGAGGCUGGGUACAGGAAGAUGUUAUGAGCUAGGUACCUGUAUUUACCUACUUCAGCUGAACUGCUUUGAGAAAGUUCAGACAGUCUAGGAACAGAGAGAAUGGGCUGUUCUUUUACAGAUACAGACUCAUGUGCUGAUGUCUUGAACAUUACAAGAAAAAGACUCGAGCAAUCUCAUAGAGUUCUCAUAACCAAAUAGCAAUCUAACCCAAGCACUCCUUUUUAUAACAAUGCACAGCCAUAGUAUGUCUGAGGGAAUCUUUAACUGUAAUACUUUUUUGAAAUGUUAAUUUUCUUGUAUUUGUUUGUAUAAAUUAAUCUUAAUAUAUGAUUCAAGAAGCGACAGUUACCGGUGUGCAGUUACUGGUGUGACAGAUCUGCAGUCAGACUUGGAAGGGAGGCUGAGGGCUCUGCAAGUCUGGCUUAGGUCAAAUUCGAAAGUAAUUGGAAGUAUUUUGCCCUGAUCCCUCCCUCUUCCUGAACUAACAUUUCAGUUUUAUACAUUCUUUCUAUUUUGUAGUCAGCAUAUCAAAACACAGUUAAUUAAUAGAUUAUUUGAUGUACAUUGGACUAUCAGAAGUCCUCUUAUGGCAUUGUGUGGGGGUGUGGUAGGGAUAUCCAUCUGUGCUCAGCUGUAUGCCUACCUUGUCUGUGUUUUACUGCAUAUGAAAUAUUUAUUUGUGAUAUAAACCAGCUGGAACUGUGUUUCAAAUCUGUAAUUAAGGAAGAUGUUUGGUAAGAGUCCAUGACAGACAAUAUGGUGCAACUACAAUUUAAUGAAACAUCGCACAGUAUUCUGAAGUGUAAUCUGAACCACAAUGUUUGACUUUUUGGCCAAUACCUAAAUAUACAUAUAAGAUUUUUUUCUUUUUUUUUUUCUUAAAGGAACAUUUGAAUAUGAUUAUUUUUAUAAUAAUUUUGAAUGGGAUUAAUGAAGGAUGGGAUCUUCCUCUGUCUGAACACUUCGUAAGUGGUCAAGUACAGUGCUUUGUAGAUGGGAUAGUUGUCAUGGAAGUCACCUUCUUUCUACACUAACAUUACAAGCCCUCCACCUGGUGUGUUUCUGUGUCUCUGUCGGUAGGAAUACACUACUAAUCUGGUAUUUCACAUGGUUUGAUAGCAGUUUCGGUACAGUUGGCUGUGAGUGUGGCAAUUGUGGUGGUUGUGACUGUGUUAACACUGUGAUGUACUUGGCUAAGAUCACCUCUUUGGAUGUAACAGUAAAAGUUUGAGUCUGAUAAUCACAACUCCUUUACACAAACACACACACACGGAUACAUGCAAAUCUCCCAUCACGUUUCUAAUUUCUCUUGUAUGUAAACUGUUCGUGAACAAAUUAGUGUGACUGAAAUCGGAAGUGUUUCAUUCUGUGUCUCUGCUCAGGGAUUUCAAAGCAGUGGGUUAUUGGAGAAUAUGGCUCACAGAGCACUCAGAGAGUUUACUAAAUUAAAGUUUUAUUUUUGGAAAGUUGUUGUAUUUGUAUAAAUGAUCACAAUUUGUAGCCUUUCCUUUUUUGUAAUAUAAAAAGAAACCAUGUGCCAGAAUAGACUUUCCCAAUGUUGCUUUUCCACAAUAAAAUGGUGUUCUGCUUUCA